CCAUUUAAAUAAGCUUCUUCUCUCGUGGGGUGUCGGGCGAACACAAACGGGUUCAACCGGAUGAUCACCAACGGGUUCAACCCGCUGAACACAAACGGUUGAACCAGCUGAGCCAAGUUUGUGAAGUAGUUAGCCGUCGAGCUAACUAGCCCCCCCAAAGCUAACCAAAGCUAACUACUUUUUUACAUUUUUUUUAAAUACUCGCGCAGAUUUAAAAAGUUUUCUCCCCACCUGAAAAUAAAGUCAUGCCGCGCCCCCGGAGGGUCCCGUCGUCUCCCAGCAGCGCGCCAGCGGCCCCCCAAACACUCUUUUCUUGGUAGUUUUUAAAGGAAUUCUCGACGCUCCAACUUUGAUUUGUGUGUGUUUGUUAGUGGAGGAAUGCUGCAGAGUUAACUUCGCUCUCACGGAGUUCAGCUCGCAGUUUAAUGUCACCGGAGAGCGUUUUAUAUAUAAAUAAAGUAUCGGGCUCUGGUUGGUGUUUUUACAUUAAUCGGAGGUCUUUUUCUCCCCCUGUUUGGGGUCAAACUGCGGCUCUGAGCCGACUCCGGUUCUUCCACACAGUCUAAACGGUAAUAGUGUAUAAUAAGUGAAUGUUGAGGAAUACCAGGAGGCGGGAUGGUAUCGCGCAUAAAGCCCGUUCAUGUCCGUGGUUCGGCGGUGUGACUGAAGGCCAUUAGCGAGACAAAGGUCGCCUCCAUGGAGCCAGAACGGGAGUCUUUGUAGAGCGGAGGGGGGGUCUAGAGACGCCCAGGGUGGGGAGGAAAACAGCCGAAUUCAGCGGUUUUAUGGACGAAACCUGAGCCGGGGAUUCUCUUUUUUCUUUUUUUUCUUUUUUAAAACCACAAACAAAGUCUUUUUAUAUUGAUGAUGGCGGAUUUUGUUACACCGCGACACAGCGCGGUGAUGGAGAGGCUCCGCCGGAGGAUCGAGCUCUUCCGGCAGCAUCACAACAGCUGCGAGAGCCGCUACGAGAGCGCGACGCUGGAGCGGCUGGAGCUGGAGAGGCAGCAGACCUUCGCCCUGCACCAGCGCUGCCUGCAGGCCAAGGCCAAGCGGUCCAGCAAGCACCGGCAGCCGCAGGCCGGUGGGGACCAGGCCGGGCCCAGAGCGCCGGGUGGAGGGGGAGGAGGAGGUGGAGAGCUCGGGGAGAGCGGAGGGACGACGGCAGAGCAGAGCCGGAACAGCACCCUGAUAGCGCUGCAGGAGACGGUGAAGAGGAAGCUGGAGAGCGCCGGUUCUCCGCUGGGCAGAGAUCAGGUCAACGGCUUCGGCGACGGCUUCCCCCCCAACAAGAAGGCCUGUCUGGACAACGGCACGGCCAACGGCUCCCCGCUGGACUCCAAGCUGGGCAUCGGCGACUCCCUGAACUCUAACGGGACCCACGGGCCCACCGGAGAGUCGGCGGACGGCGUCUGCCGGGAGCCGGGUUCGGACUUCCACCGCAAGGAGAUGAAGCAGGAGCCUGACGACAUCCUGCCCAUCAUGCCGCCGUCGGGAGGAGGCAACAACAGCCUGUUCCCCGACCUCAACCUCAACGAGCAGGAGUGGACGGAGCUGAUGGAGGAGCUGAACUGCUCGGUGGCCUACGAGGACAUCCAGGACAUUCUCAACGAUGGCUUCGAAGAGGACCGCAAAGACUCUCUGGUGACUCCCGGUGGAGCCGGGGCGGUAGGAGGAGCGGGUGGAGGUGGUGGAGGAGGCCAGUCGUCCCAGGGUCUGCUUCCUCCAGAUCUGGCCAACGUCAAGACGGAGUUCUCGCCGUCCUCCGUGGCUUUCGAGCAAGACUCUCGCACCGGCUCCCCGCACGUCAGGUCCGCCUCCUCCGGGCCGCCUCCUCACACCACCAGCUCCCCCGUCGCCUCGUCCCCGGCUCUGCCCCCGUCCCAGCCGGCUCCUCCACCCAGGCAGCUUCAGCCUCCGCCCAGUCACCUCCACCCUCCGGGUCCCCCGGUUCCCAAAGACCUGUCCCCGGCCCAGCAGCUCCAGCAGCUGGCUGCCCAGCAGCAGCGAGCCCAGCACCUCCACGGUCAGUUGCUCAAACAGCCGCAGCCGGGAGCCAAGUUCCACAACCAGGGGCCCCGCGCCCACCCGCCGCCUUGGCCCCAGAUGGCCAACGCCUCCCAGAGCCCACUAGGGGGCGCGUUUGGCAUGGACAAGCCCACGAGCCCCUCCCUGUACCCACAGGACUUCAACCCCAACACUCAGAAACAGCUGCUGAUGCCCGGUCCGCCCAACAAAGGCCCCCCCAAGGCGGGGCCCGGCGGCUACAUGCCGGGGCCCCCCGGUCACCCCAACAUGAUGGGCCACCCGGCGUCGGGGCCACCCCUCAGCCACCCGCCGGGGGCUCAGGCCUCGGCCGCCAUGCUGAACUACAACAACACCAAACCUCUGUCGCACUUCGAGGCGGGCCCCGGGCAGCCGCGGCUCCCCAACCAGAACAAGGCGGCGCUGCUCACGCUGCUCCGGCAGCAGCAGCAGAUCAAACAGAAGAACAGCAUGAGCUUCCGGCAGCACGUCCCGCACACGCAGGACCAGAACCCUUACCCUGUUCCUCCACACGGCCCGGGCCCUGCCAACGCCAUGGCCUCCGUGCCCGGAAGCAACGCCAUGACGGCCCAGCCGGGGGCCAACGCCAUGGCGGCUAACCACGGUAACGCAGCUUACCUGAGUAGCCAGGCGGUGGUGGCGGCUGCGCUUAAACAACAACAACAACAACAGCAGCAGCAGCAGCAGCAGCAUCAGCAGAUCCUGGAGCAGCAGAAGCAGCAGUACAUGCAGAGACAGCAGCUGAUGGCUGAACAGGAGAAGCAGCGGCAGCAGGACCAGCAGCUGCAGAGACACCUGACCCGACCGCCCCCGCAGUACCAGGACCAGCCGGGGCAACCGGCCAAUCAGAACCCUUUCCCACAGCCGCCAGUCAACCAGUUUACAGCUUCCUCUCAGCCAAUGGGUGGCGUCGGCUCCAUGGGAGGCCCCGCCCCCGUCUCUCAGCGCAUGUUCCCCCAGAACCAAGGCAUGAUGGGUAUGACAGGUGGUGUAGCUCCGCCCUCGACGGGGAGCCAGGGCGACAUCGGUCUAUCGUCCUGCGGAGGGGGCGGGGCCGGUGUGGACGUGCAGCAGGUGCUCUACAACAAUAUGAACCUUCACCCGCCUCACCCGCCCCAGCAGGCCGGCCUGCAGCGCCAGCCUCUGGGCGCCAUGAGCGCCGCCUACAGGCAGAACCUUCUGGCUCAGCAGCACCUGAAGUCGCAGCCCAACGCCGCCAUGUUGAAGCAGCAGCAACAGCAGCUGGUCGCCGCCGCCCGCAUGCCGGUCUCCAUGCAGAACAGCAUGGCGGCCAACAUGCCCGGCGGCAUGCAGGGCGCCCAGAGCGCCGCCUGGCAGCAGCAGCUGGCCAACCAGCAGCUGGCCAACCAGCCGCCCUCGGGCAACGCGGGCCUGCCCCCCAACGCCUUCAACAACCCGCCCAAUGCCUUCCACAUGCAGCAGCAGUCUCGCAUUCCCAAGAUGCCGCCUGGCGCCGCGCCCUUUGGCACCAACCCCGGCGGGCGCCCGAUGGGAGGCCUGAACCCCGCGCAGCAGAUGAUGCAGACGAACAUGGCCGCCGCCCAGCAGAGGGCACCACCCAACCCCCAGAGCCUCGGCCCGCCGAUGGCCGCCCAGCAGCAGACUCAGCAACAGCAGGCCAAUCAGAACCAGGCCGUCCUCCCCGACCUGGCGGCGUUCGGACCGCCCCAGGGCAACGGCCGCCAGGGGCUGCAGUGCAACCAGGGCUACCAGGUGAGCAGGACCGCCAGUCAGCAGCAGCAGCAGGUGUCGUUCGGGUACAACGUGGCGUCGGGGAGCUUCGCCGGGGAGAGCGAGCUGGUCGACUCGCUGCUGAAGGGUCAGAGCACCCAGGAGUGGAUGGCCGACCUGGACGAACUACUCGCCGGCCACCACUAGUCCCCCGCGCACCUGUCUGCACCUGGACCCUGCUGAGCCGAGAGGCUGCGCCCGCAGCACGAGGCCCCCGGAGACGUUCUUUUGCAAACGGCCAUGUUGGAAAAAAGACCCAGACGGGAGGUCGUCGCGGUCGCAUUAGUCGCCCGGCUGAUAAAGUCUGAGCUCUAAAGAUGUAUAAAACACACCUGGCUGGCAGGUAACGUAAUGCAAGUUGUCGAUAUCGGUUUGCUUGUCCUGAUAUAUUUUUA